ACGCCAAAAAGCCUCAUUAAGAAUUUAAAGUUUACAAAAUCUUCAACAUUUAUCUCCUUUCAAUAUCCGACAUAAUCGUUACUGAUAUGCUGCUUCACAGAUAUCCAAGUUGUUACGUGGGGCAGUUGUCAAAGCGACGUCAAUGUACGUCAUCGAUAUAGCAUCAUUCCCUGCUUGAAACCGCGUCACUAUCAAACAGUCUUGAGUGAAAUCAGUGCAGUAAAAAAGUGCCGAUUCUUCAACCGAUGUAAUCUCACGCCUUAUGUGACCGACAUUUCUCUUCCCUUUCUCGGUUUCGUGAAUCUCCGUUCAGCUUACCGUCAACUCCAAAUUUGAUCUAAAAACGCAAGAUGCCAGGUGAAGUGAUCGAUCGCCCUAACCCGGCUCCGCUGGACAGUCAUCUUCCAGAUGCGGCUCUGGAAUUGGCACUCAAGGCGCCCAAGAAGCAGUUGGACAAGAAGAUCGCCCAAUCGCUCAAUGAUUUCCAGCAUGCGGCAUGUUAUAUUGCAGGGUCCAUGAUCUUCCUGAAAGACAACGUCUUACUUGAGAGGGACUUGAAGGCAGAAGACAUCAAGCCGCGAUUAUUGGGUCACUGGGGAACAUGCCCAGGCAUUAUCCUCGUCUGGUCGCAUCUCAACCUUCUCAUCCGCAAUUAUGAUCUGGAAGUCAUCUUUGUUAUCGGCCCCGGCCAUGGUGCUCCUGCUGCUUUGGCCUCAUUGUGGCUCGAGGGAUCUCUCGAGAGAUUCUUCCCUCAAAAGUACGGCGUUAGCAAGGACGGCUUGCGCAAUCUUAUUACCGGAUUCUCGGUUCCUGGAGGCUUUCCUAGUCACAUCAAUUCCGAAACUCCGGGUUCCAUCCACGAAGGUGGUGAGCUAGGCUACUCCCUAGCUGUUUCAUUUGGUGCGGUCAUGGACAACCCGGACUUGAUUGUCACUUGUCUGGUUGGAGAUGGUGAAGCCGAGAGCGGCCCCACUGCAGCUGCUUGGCACUCCAUCAAGUACAUUGAUCCCGCCGAGUCUGGAGCUGUUAUUCCCAUUCUACAUGUGAAUGGCUUCAAGAUCAGCGAAAGAACCAUUUAUGGAUGCAUGGACAACAAGGAACUAUCCAGUUUGUUCGCCGGCUAUGGAUACCAGCCAACCAUCGUGGAGACUCUUGAAGAGAUCGACAGCGAACUCUCGGGUGCUUUGGAGUGGGCUGUCAGCGAGAUCAAGACGAUCCAAAAGGCAGCCCGAGAUGGAAAGCCCAUUAUCAAGCCACGAUGGCCCAUGAUUGUUCUUCGAACACCUAAGGGCUGGACAGGUCCCAAGAAGGUUGACGGCGAGUUCAUUGAGGGCUCUUUCCACUCUCACCAGAUCCCUGUCCCCAACGCCAGCAAAGAUGAGGAGCACCUCAAGAUUCUGCAAGACUGGCUCAAGACCUACGAUACUGCUCACUUGCUGAAGGAUGGAAAGCCUGCCGACAGUAUCUUGGAGAUCAUUCCUCAAAAGGAUGAAAAGCGGCUUGGACAACUCAAGAAGACAUACGAUCCUUAUCAGCAGCUGCAGGUUCCUGGCUGGAAGAGCUUUGCAGUGGAAAAGGCUUCGCAGAACAGCUGCAUGAAGCAAACUGGUGAUUUCCUGAACCAGGUCAUCAAAGAGAACCCCAAGAGCUUCCGUAUCUUUUCCCCAGAUGAGCUGGAGAGCAACAAGCUCAGCGCGGUAUUCGAGAACACAGGCCGGAACUUCCAGUGGGAUGAGUUCUCUCGCGCACAGGGCGGCAGAGUCAUUGAGAUCCUCUCCGAGCAUUGCUGCCAAGGAUGGAUGCAGGGCUACACACUCACUGGCCGAACGGCACUGUUUCCCAGCUACGAGUCUUUCCUCGGCAUCAUCCAUACCAUGAUGGUGCAGUACUCCAAGUUCAACAAGAUCGCGCGAGAGACCAACUGGCGAGGUGAUCUCAGCUCAAUCAACUAUAUCGAAACCAGCACCUGGGCUCGCCAAGAACACAACGGCUUCUCUCACCAGAACCCAUCUUUCAUCGGCUCUGUUCUCAAUCUCAAGGCUGAGGCGGCACGCGUGUAUCUUCCUCCCGAUGCCAACUGCUUCCUUAGCACCAUCCACCAUUGCCUGAAAUCGAAGAACUACGUCAACCUUAUGAUCGGCUCAAAGCAGCCCACUGGUGUCUUCUUGUCUCCAGACGAGGCUGCUGAGCAUUGCCGAAAGGGUGCAAGCAUUUGGGAGUUUGCUUCAAUUGAUAGUGGCAAGGAGCCCGAUGUUGUAAUCGCCGGUAUUGGUGUUGAGGUUACCUUUGAGGUUGUCAAGGCUGCCGAGAUUCUUCGCGCCUGGAUCCCUGAGCUUCGAGUCCGAGUCGUCAACGUUACGGAUCUCAUGGUUCUGGCCGCGGAAUCCCGUCAUCCCCACGCACUCAGCCGCGCUGACUUCCUUGAUAUGUUCACGGAGGACAAAGCUGUAUGCUUCAACUACCACGGAUACGCUGCUGAGCUCCAGGGCCUUCUCUUUGGACGCCCUGGUCUGCACCGCAUGACAGUAGAGGGAUACAAGGAGGAGGGUAGCACCACCACACCAUUCGACAUGAUGCUGCUCAACUGGGUCAGCCGAUUCGACGUCGCUAAGCGUGCGCUCAAGGGUGCUGCUGAGACAAACGACAAGAUCAAGGCCAAGCUUGAUGAGACACUCAAGAAGAUUGACGACAGAGUUGCGGAGGUCAAGAAGUACAUUCAGGACGAGGGCAAAGAUCCUGAGGACUUGUAUGAUAUGCCCAAGUUUUAGAUUUUACAGAGGAUUUAAUGGGGUAAUCAACAUAGAAGUAAUUUGAAGAGAUAAGCGAAUGAGACUACGAUUUUGCAUGAUCCAAUCUUCGCCGAAUAUUUCGUGAAUGCUGCAACGCAAGGCCCCUUCCUUGUAAAAUGUGGUGCGAACAACAAGCCAGCAAUGAAUUAACAACUUCCUUCAUCAUUCUGGGUCUUUACGUGACGGCUGGAGAGUCUCGAAGGCGUAGAACUCACAUCCCCAGCUUCUGACUCGACGGUCAUGGCUAGCAUUGACAAGGAUGCGAGCCAGGGUCAACGUGGUCUAGACUCCAAAGCCAAACCAAUCAAAAGGCUCAAAUUGACGCCUCAAGCACGAUUCAGGCAAUUCUUGAUCUUGGCCGGAGAUAACAUGGGGACGACAAAGACACAGUUGCUAAGACAUCGUGGAAGCAAUAUCUUUCCCUUGCACCAUAAAGCUCGUCUCAUUUUCGACACCGCACUACGCUUUGUUUACGCUAUUUUCCUUUGAGCCCUCUCUCUCCCAUAACGCAUGAUAGUCAAGGUCAAGUAUACACAAUACACCAAGUCCUAGCAUGAGAAAGAGCGCAUCACGAAGCAAGAAACUUCCGUGCUUCUUCAUACUCUUCCAACUUUUUUUCCUCUUUCUCCUCCUUCUCACCACCCGAAUCGGCGGUCCUCCCCUUUUUUACUGGGUUGUCAAAUUCAAGAGGGCACGGCUUCUCUGUUUCAGUUCCCCUGGAGGAUAACUCGUCUCUUUCAUGCUUGGAAAAGUAAUCAUUGUAGCGGUUUUGUACAGCCGCCUCUCUGGUUUCCGGUGUCCUAUAAAAGACUGUCAGUGGCGUUUACUAAUGGUGCACCUAGUAGCAACUAGACUUGGUGGAGAAAUAUCGCUGUUGAAGUAGAAAGCAGGGAUCCGUGGGAGUUAACUCAAGCGAUAGAUCAUAGUGGUAAGAAAACCAGGGUAAGUAUUACAUUGCAUCCAGACGCUUCGACCAAGCCUUCUCAAUCGUUUGCGCUUCUUGCAUGGCGUUUUCUGCCUCCUGCAACUUCCACCUAAUGUCUCGACUGUUAUCGGUUUCUUUCAGCUGUGUGAAAGUUUUGACGCCCUCUGAGGCAUGGUAAAGUCCAAUUUCGGGGACAUCGGCCAGUUUCAAGUGCAAUUCUGCGGCAUGGUAGGGAUUGAGGUCUUGCUCCUUGACUAGUUCUUUGGCCGCCCUCAAUGCUUCGAUCGGAUGGCCCUCGCGCUCGAGACGGGAAUAUUCUCUGAACCGAUCAAGCAGCUCGGCUGGCUUCUGUUAGUCUCCAGACUUCCAUUCUCCGAAAAUACAUACGUACCUUGGCGAGCUGUUGGCAUGGGGACUGGUGAACUCAUGGUUGAUAAGAAGAUGGUGAUACUGUGUAAUUAAGUAGAGCUGUGGUUAUUAUGAUGGAAUAAUGGUUGUGGUUGUGAUGAAGAUUGUGAUGGAGAAGAAGAUCAUCCCAGACCGAUUGUCGGUAAAAUUCGAAAGGCAUGAAAGUGCCUUCCUUUACUCUUUGAAUGUGUCAAGCUGCAGGCAAGAAGCAUUUAACGUAGAGAAUCCGAGGAUAUUCACGUUUGGGAGGAGCAAAGCAUGGCACCUGAGCACGAUGACAGUACCUGGGCUUUCUCGGAAAUUAGGCAUGUUUUAAUCAAGACUCUACCGUUCGACG